AUGGAUUCCAUACCUAGCUCUCAGCGCGCAGUGGUCGUGCAAAGUCCAGGGAAUAAUUAUGAAAUGAUCAUCCUCGACGACAUCCCUGUCAGAACACCCGGAGCGGACGAGAUCCUAGUCAAGUUGUCAUGUACAGGACUCUGUCACUCUGAAAUCCGUGCCGUCCUAGCCUGGGGCGCCUACAACCCUAUCAUCGGCCACGAAGGUGUCGGAACUGUAAUCCAAACCGGCCCCAACGUCUCCCCCUCCCUUCUUCACCAGCGAGUCGGACAGAAGAAUACGAGUCGCCACGUGCCCGGUACAUUACAGCAGUACGUCAUCGCGGACGCAAGAUUCAUCACGCGGAUCCCGGAGACAGUCUCGGAUGAAGUGGCCGCGCCCUUGCUAUGUGCUGGUCUUACCAUGGCUGGUGCGGUGGGGAGGUUGGAUGACUACCGCCUCAGCUCCGGUGAUUGGGUGGUGAUUUCGGGGUCAGGUGGUGGAUUGGGGCAUCUGGGGGUCCAGAUUGCCGCUCGGAUAAAGGGAUUCCGGGUUAUUGCGGUUGAUAGUGGCGAAGUGAAGAGGAAGGUUAGCUUGGAGUCUGGUGCCGAGGUGUUCAUUGAUUACCGGACGGAAGACGUUGCGGCCAGGGUCCGAGAAGUGACAGGCGGAGAGGGUGCACAUGCGACAAUUGUGGUGCCCGGGACGAGAGAGGCAUUUGCGAUGGCGCCACAGGUUGUGAGGAAUAUGGGAUUGAUAGUUGGGGUGGGACUACCACCGAAUGAGAUGGACUGGCCUAUUUCUGCGACAGUAUCCGCGGCUAGAGGUCUUUGUAUUGUUGGCUCUUCGGUAGGCACGGAGGACCAGAUGAGUGAGCUUUUGGAGCAGGCAGGCAGGGGAGAGAUUACGCCUGCAAUUGAAGUUUUUGAAUUCGAGGAGACGCCGCGUCUAGUGGAUAGGUUGAGAAAUGAUGCUAUCGCUGGUAGAGCAGUGGUAAGAAUACCGCAGUAA